GGAGGGAAAAAUAUCCAAUUUUCAUCGCAAAAUUAGCUAGGGCGAGAGCAAAGGGCUGAGCUAAUUGUAGCCUAAUCCUCUGCCCUGCAGGCGUUUGCAAAGCCCUGAGCAAGAAUUCGCUUUUUUUCCUCCUCUUCUCCCUUCCCUCUGUUAUUUAGAGACGGGAUUAUUGCCUUUCUUCUCAUAACAGCCUCGGCAGUUUCAUUUAAAGGCUUUUUUUCCCCCUCACACACACACACACACACAUCCACACACACGCACAAAAUAAAUAGAAAAAGAAGCAGCAAAAACAGGGGGAGAGAGAGGAGACGGAGAAGCUUUAAAAAAAAAUAAUAAUCACAGCAGGAUCUGCGGAGCAAAGAUAGUAAUAAAAGCAAAAAAAGCUGAGCCCGUCCACACACAGCCCCGGCAGAGCCCAAAGCCAAAGGGGGGCUGGCAGAUAUCUUCUGUGCUCAAGGAGGGAAGAAGCAUGUCCCGUCUGUCUCUAACACGGUCCCCGGUUUCUCCUCUGGCUGCUCAAGGAAUUCCUCUCCCAGCUCAGCUCACCAAGUCGAACGCUCCCGUGCACAUCGAUGUAGGAGGACACAUGUACACCAGCAGCCUGGCUACCCUGACCAAGUACCCAGACUCCAGAAUAAGUCGUCUGUUUAAUGGCACAGAGCCUAUUGUCUUGGACAGUUUAAAACAACACUAUUUCAUUGAUCGAGAUGGAGAAAUUUUCAGAUAUAUAUUAAGCUUCCUAAGGACAUCUAAGCUACUGCUCCCAGAUGACUUUAAGGACUUUAAUCUUUUAUAUGAAGAAGCAAAGUAUUACCAGCUGCAGCCAAUGAUUAAGGAACUUGAGCGAUGGAAACAAGAGAAAGAACAAAGGAAACAUUUCCAGCCUUGUGACUGCUUGGUUGUAAGAGUGACUCCAGAUCUGGGGGAGAGAAUUGCAUUGAGUGGGGAGAAGGCUUUAAUAGAAGAGAUCUUCCCAGAGACUGGGGAUGUCAUGUGCAACUCUGUAAACGCAGGCUGGAACCAGGACCCAACCCACGUUAUCAGGUUUCCCUUGAACGGAUACUGCCGGUUGAACUCAGUGCAGGUGCUCGAAAGAUUAUUUCAGAAGGGAUUUAACGUGGCAGCUUCCUGUGGUGGUGGGGUGGAUUCCUCUCAGUUCAGUGAAUACGUGCUGUGUCGCGAAGACAGACGACCACAACCCACCCCAACAAUCAGAAUAAAACAGGAGCCCCUGGACUAGACCCUCCCUGUACCCCCUUUGUAACCGUAGAAGUGUUUAAUAGUCCCUUAUGUGAAACACUAAGGAUUUGCAAAACAGUAUUAGCAAACAGACUUUGACUUUAUGUUGCCAAUUAGUGGUAUUCUGAAACUACCUGUCACAUAGCCAGCCACGAAAUGCAUUUGAGAAGCCAGUUGUCCGUUCGUCACGGUGGAGUUCCCGAGCGCUCAGCACAGCAGGUCUCUGGGAUGGACUUUGGGCUCAACAGCACUGCUGUGGAACAGGCAAAGCUUUCUAACCCCCUGACCCUGCACUGGACUGGACUUCUGCAAAGACCAGUUAAAGCAGUUGGAUGGAUCAGCAGGAGCUGUGGUUCUGCCAGCCUUCCCAGGGACACCCCAGUGCUGUGACACGUGGACGUCUGUGAGAGGAAGAUGGAACGCUAAAAACUGCACUGAGACUCUUCCCUGACUGCCACACCUCCAUAUCAGACGUGCUUUACACCUCCAGGCACCACGGGGCACCUCUGUGAUUGUACUCACCCACACUAGCAAAUGGCUUAUUUUUAUACGACAUUUCCAACUGAAGUCUCUCUCUGUGGACAGGAUCCAGAAUCAGAAAAGGACCGAUUUAUAGUCAACUGGUGCUCAGUACUAAAAACCCCACACAAACCAAACAAAAAAAGUGACAAAAAGUUAGACAAGGCCGAUUAUGGCAAUAUUUGCAACAGUAGGGAUCUGGAAGCACAAAAUAAAAUGCCAUCCACCAUCACACACAAGGGUCACAUACCCGACACGGAGCUGUAGCUCUCUUAAAGCCAGUCUUGUUUUGACACAGAAGCUGUUUAAGUUUUGCAUCAUCAAAGAAACGUGGUUCUGCCAAGCAAGCUCUGCCACCCCUCGUUAAUCAUUUACUAACCAUGUUAGAAGCCCACAUUUAGGAGGAAAGUGUAAGAAUUUUGGACAGGCCUAACUCUUUAUGGGUCUGGAAUUCUUGCAAAGAGCUGUUAAAACCCUGUACUGCCACUGUCGGAUGAAAGCAGGCCGCCUUUCGUUUAAAUUGUUUUAUUAAUUUAAAUUAUUAUUAAAAUAUUAGUUCUGUAGCCGCCCUCUAUCUGUGUACCUUUCUCUGUAACGAAGCCAGAGGUCUGCAGGAGGGUCCUGCUACUGCCAGGAAUUGGCAUCGACUCACAGGGCUCCCUAACUCAGGAGACAGCGCCGCGUUCGCAGGUGCGAGGUUAUAAAUAGCAUUCUGCAAAAUCCUCUUUGUUGCUGUUCAGCAUGAUUGGGUCCUCAAUAACUAAUUCAUGUGUUAAUCACAAUUUAGUUUCUCCCACAUUAAUUUAUAGAAUACUGUUGUAGAUGCUGAAUCUUAAUUAAACUCUUUUUAGAUGCCUAAAUACGGCCAUAUAGAACAAGGGAGAGAGUAUUAGGUGGUCGACAGUUCUUCAGUGCCAGUUGGUUGCAAUCAGGCAAAAUUUAAAAAGUCACAUUUAAGACUAAUAUUUUCAAAAGCGAUGAGCUGUACUGACUAUCCAAGGAACAAUCUAGGCAGGGGUCUAAUUUUUGGAAAAGGGCUGGAUACCUGUCCAUGGAAAAUCAGACCUCUGCAGGUUUCCUCACCUUGGUCACCCAACUCAGAAAUCUCUAAUGGCAAUCCUGGCCGGUUGGCCUGCUACCUUAGCAGAACAGUUGAGCAAAUCUGUCUACUUUAAGAGUUGUAAAGUUAUUUUAUUUUGUGGUUUUAUACUUGUACGACAUUCUAAAGUCGCUAGGCAUUGCCAUAUUUGAAUAUAUGGCACAACAUUCACCUUUGUAUGUAAGAUAUCUGUAGAAUUGUAUAUUAUACAUUUAAUAUUGUAAAGAACUUAACGUAUAAUUGUCA